AUGUAAUUUGACAACUUAUUUGGUUAUGAAGAAUAACAAGAAUAAAAAGUAUAGCCAUUAAUACAGAAAUAAUAAGUACAGGAUAUAAAAGAGCUAUUUAAAUAAUAAAAACCUUCAUAAAUAUUAAAUUACAAAUCAAAAAGAAGAGGAAAAAAAUAACAAGACAAGUUAAAUCGAUUUAAAUAAUAAAUGUCUCUAAAUCCAAAAUCAAAAGGUAAAAUCCAAAAAAAGAAUUCAAUUACAGGAUAAGUCCCAAUUGAAAAUUCAAAAAUAAAUUUACCAUUAAUUUUACUCAAAAUCUAAGAAUAUAGUUAAGCAUUAAAAGAUUAAAUCUCAAAAAUUGACAUUGUAAUUACAUAAUAUUAAUCAUAAUGUUAAAAUAAGUAAUUAUAAUUAGUGGAAGAUCAAUAUAUUUAGAAUUUGUAAAAAUGUUUGCUUAAUUGUCUAAUUUAAUUCUAAUAACUUUAAUAAUACUUUCCAAAUUUAUUUAUUUAAAGAUAAUAUGAUUAAUCUGAUUAGAUUAUAAAAUUAGGUUAAGAUGAUAUGAGAUAAGAUUACACAUUUUUAGAUCAUAGAGUAUCAUUACCAGAAAUAAAGUUUUCUUAAAUUUCUAAAAAUGAACAUAUCAAACUUGACAAGAUGAGAAUUACUGCUUCAUCAAAAUUAUAUGGAGGAGUCAUUUGCGAAUAGAGAUUAUAUAAAAAUGAUAUAUCAAAAUUUGCAUUCAAAAUUAAUAAAAUUGAUGGAAAUAUUGGAAUUGGUGUUUGUAAUAAAGAUAUAUUUAUUCAACAAAAUUAUUAAUAUGACUAAUCCCAAAUUACUAAAGGGUAUUUUUAUUUAUAAAAUAAUUAGUUUAUAUCUAUUUCACAAUUAUGGUAGUAUAUAUCGUAAUUAAGAAAAUGGAUUAUUGUAAGGAUAAACCUUUGAAUUCCAAUAAUCAGACAUCAUAAUAGUUAUAGUUAAUUUCUAAAAAUAAUAUAUAAAAUGGAAAAAAUAUAAAGAAAAGUCUUAAUUUGUAAAAUAUUUAACCUAUAUUUUAGAGCAUUUAUUUUGAUGUUAACAAUGAGUUAUAUCCCUGUGUAGUGUUUUCAAAAUUAUCAUCAUUUAAGAAAGUAUCCUAAGUUACAAUUGUUAAACCAAAAACAUUACAGAUUAUAGAUGGCUCUUCUAUAUUUGGAGAUAAUUGA